AUGUCUUUACGCUUUAUUUUUAUCUUAACAUAUUCGUUACAACCUCCCUUAUCAAUUAAUACCUUGCACGUUGAACCGUUUGAACGUUUCAAGCUUAAUGCAGUUUUGGCAUUGUCUUUGCCUUUUUUUAAUUUUAACACAUUCAUUACCACCUACGAUUUCCAUCGAUACCUUGCACGUUGUCGUACGUUGAGUUGUUUGGACGUUACAAACUUAGUGUCCUUUGGCAAUGUCUUUACGUUUGAUUUGUUGAACAUAUUCGUUCUCACCGCCACUUUCCAUCGAUACCUUGCACGUUGUCGUAUGUUAAGUUGUUUAGACAUUUCAAGCUUAGUGUCUUUUAGGCAAUGUCUUUGCGCUUUAUUUUUAUCUUAA